AUGGACCGUGCCCCUGUGAACGACAAGGACAGUCAGAAGCGACGCAAGAAGAGCUCGGCAGGCCACGUGGACGCCAUGAACGACGAGCAGCUCGAGCUGUUUCACGUGGUGCAGGAAGACUUGUGCCACAAAUCGACUGUCGGCUGGCAGAACGCGGUCAAAGUGCUCAACUCGGCCUACCAGCACCUCGAGCGACCGGAAAGCCAAGCUUUCCUGGAUGACGCGUUUUCCAAGAUCAUCAGCAUCAUGCUGGACCAGCAUGCGAGCAAGAUCGGGUCGUUUGAAAAGUCGUGUGUGACGCAGUGCUUGUCGCUGGCGGUUCCAUUGGUAGUCGCUCAGCUGAAAGCAGGCAAGUACUUCCAGGCGCUGCCGGUGCUGACGAUGCUGUUUAGCAAGAAGAAGACGUUUUAUAAAGACCUCCGCACGUCAGCAAUGAUUGGCAGCUACUGGAACAAGGUGCCUGGGUCGCCAGAAGUGCGGGCGCAGUGCAUUGAGGCGUUUUGCGAGCUCAAAGGGUUUCACUUGCUAUUGAGCACACUGGAGCUAUUGAUGAACAAUCGACGAGAGGGCGACGACCUUGAAGCUGUCAUGGAUAGCGAGGAUAUCCGUAUUCUCUUGCAAGCGCUGUUGGAGUUUCGAACGUUUGUACCAGAGAGCCUCUGCACUAAGAUCUCCGUGUUGAUCAUGACGUACUAUACAAAAGUUUCGGACUCGGUGCUGAAGAAAGAGUCGAGUGACGCGGUGGGGGCCGUCAUCAGCACCAUUCGAAGAUUUGUGGACGCAGGUGUUGUUUCGUCCGAAUCGAUUAAUGCGUUAUGGCUUGAUAUUACGGAAAGGUACGUGGAAUCGACCUCCUUGCCCCUGCGGCUUUUCGGCCUGGAGCAGAUCAACCAAAUUGUGAACUGUGCUCGAGCAUCACGAGCUCUCCCUCCACGCUACUUCGUCCGGAACGCUGGUACAGCCGCAGUCAAUGGAGUGUACUCGCUAAAGGCUAAUACCUCGUCGGCGACGUACGUUUUCCGGCAGCAAGAAACGGGCCAGGUGUUUACGCUCUUUUGUUGCACAAUGAAAAGCGGUAUGAAGUGGUGGUUUAUCUCGGAGGCCGACAAGAUGCAGCCUGGGUCGGAUCAAGAUAUUGAUUAUUACCAGCACCAAUCGCAGUACGAAGAGUACUUGCCUCCGACACACAACUGGAUUCCUACUGGAAAAGGAGAGGGUCCAGCUCCUGAACUCGUUGCGGAAAGCAUCCAGGAGAAUGGUGAGGCGAGUGUCACUCGACUUGACAAUAUUUUGAGCGCGUGGGUGGUAAACAAAGCGAUUCUCGAGGGAAUCUUUGGUGACAGGAUCCAUCGAGAGAUCGUAUCGCGCAGUGCGUUGCUAGUGAAGUUUUUGGCAGAAUCGAACAGGUUGGAUACGGACUCCAUUGAUGUGAUUUGGCAGUCUUGUAUACAGAAAGACCAAACUCUGGUGCACGAAAUCCACAACUUACUGAUCGCCACGGUACCAUUUCUAUCAAAUGAGCUGCUAUUGCACCUCGUGAAGAGUAUCCACGCAUCGUUGUCGCGAAGUUUGGAAAAGAACGAGUCUUUUCCGGAGCUAGUUACAUUUUUGCAGCGGCUAGCGACUAACUCUCCUAGUUUCCUGAUGGAUCGCAACGUGAACGUCACGACUGCAAUCUUGCAGCUGCUCUGGUCGAUUCAGAUGCACUGCAGCAUUGCAAACAUCCGGUUGAGCAGAAGCCUACGCGAUUUUUUCCAAGAAGGGCUACGAAGCGAAUACGGGGAGCCGCUGCGAAAGGCAUUUUUGUAUGAAUGUAUCGAUGGAAUCAAAAAGUCUUGCUCGUUGUCAAGUCCGGCACUAGAUUCUGUACCGUCGCCCUCUUCUGCGACGACCCUUUCAGCUCCUGGCACCGUUACGUCAGCGGAGUUGACUAGCAAGUGUUCAACAGCCUCCAAGUCAUUGGAGCUGCUGAAAUUUUUGAUCGACUCGUACCGCACGGAUCAGGCUCUCGUGGUAGAAUCGCUCAAUUCAGAGCACGGUUUGGUUAGCUUGUUGUUUGACGAGCUUGCAACGUUUGUGGCGCGCCGAACCGAUAAGCAGUCCCCUAGUUAUCGCACCGCCGUCGGCCAUCGUUUAGAAUUGAUACAUUACGUUCAUGUGAAGUCGCCGAAGCUGGAACUGCUGAUUCCGCAGAUCGAGCGUUUGUGGAACGUGCUCUCAUCUUCACCUGCCGAGCGUGAAUUGUGCCUGAUAUUUUUUAACCAGACAAGCAUGCGCCGCAACCAACAAGUCGGAGCAGCACCUGGUGUCAACACACGAGGCGGGUCAAUUAGCUCAGCCUUCAAUUUAGACGUCUGCUUCUACGUUUUCAACGAGCUGCUGUGCAAACAAACAGACUUUCGGACGCUAGGAUGCAUGGGCUACAAGUGUUUUAACACCUAUUUCGUGGGCCUGAAUGCGCAGCCCAAACCGCUGCAGCACUUUGAAGAGUCGUCUGAAAGUGACACGUUGAAUCUACUCGGAAUGGACGCUUUGUGGCGUAUUGCAUUUGAAGCCCCUCUAGAAGUUGCCGAAAUGGCUACACGCGAGUUGCUUCGUGUGUACGGACGGCCGAUGACCGAUCUUGUUUACGAAGGCGAGAGCAAAUCCGACGACGGUGUGAAGGAUUUUUUGUCACGUGUAUUUAAACAGCUAUCUACGGUAAAGGACAGCUCACUGGACUCUCUGAAGUUGGUGCAGCAAUGCGCGAGUCUGUUGACAGGGCUAGUGUCUAGCGCUCGUAAGCAGCAGACGUUUAUUCCACAUGGGUUAAGCGGCCGUGGCGCGUACUUCACGGUCACGGUGAUAGCCCAGCGAAUACCUUCAUCCAACUCGAGCGGGUCAGGAACGUCUGCGACAGCAGCUUCAAACCACGACAACGCGGUGCGAACGAUACAAGCCUCCGUAUACUCCAACCAGGCCCUCUGGCUCUUCCGCAAACAGAUUGAAAAGCUAGUGAGCCAUCCGAUGGAGCGGACGAAGAUCCUCUCGUCUGGUUCGGCAGUGUCAGGAGAUCACAAAACACUUGCCGAUUUGCAGAUCACGGAGUCUAGUGAAGUGCGAGUACUGAUGUUCAAUUCGGUUGUGCAACGUCCUAGCUCCAGCCCAAUGGACCAAGAUCACUGCAUGGCCACGACCAGCAACGGACCAUCUUCUUAUCCGCUGUCUUCUUCAUUCACGCAGCACCCCGGGCUAGUGGUUGCGCGUGAUGCGUCUUAUUUCGAAAUACUGUUUCGUGUGCUCGACAUUGUGGAAGGCCAUUCAGUCCACGAGUUACUCUGGGCCUUCUUGAAGCAAAUCCCUACAAGUGAGGAGCUCCUUGACCGUGUUUCCAACAUCGGUACGGCUGAUAAAAGCGAUGAGCAUGUGAGCACUGGCCUCUCUUCGGACCGGCCUGGUACUGACGGAAUUGAAUCCAACUGGUCGUCCUUGUUGAAAAGAAUGUCGUCUCAUCAGGCUAUUUACACGCUACAAAUUAUGGAUGCGCUGCUUCUCCCCUCGGAAAUCGCAAAGACCCCGUUUGCACAGACGUAUCUCCAGCGCUUCAUAUCCGGGGGUGGAUUUCACGAAGUGCUAUCGUAUUUCAUCGGUGCAAACUUUCACAAGAGUUCUUUCAACGAAGGUGCCGCAGUGGCACUUCGUAUCUUGAAGUUUUGCCUUUUCGAUUCAGGCCAUGAUAAUGGACUUUACUCGGUGGCGACGACUACCGUAGAAUCCCCCAGUGAGGAAGGGCUCCAUAGCAAGGCCUCGAUGACUACUGACCAUAGCGAAGGCAGGGGUACGGAAACACCUAGGACGAAGAUCGUUAUGGAGCAGAAUCGAUAUGAGCAGUUGGUACUAAAGAUCGCGGAGCUCGUGGUUUCCGAAUACACAAGGGUGGAGGAGAAAACAUCAGAAAAGAACACUGCGCACCGCAUUUUGAUUGAUGCCGUGAAGACGGUGGAGUCCGUUGUGUCCAUUUUGCAUGACGCAGCAGCUAAGUAUAUCAAGGCGCUAGAACCACGCGCUAUCAUUAUCACUAUCUUCACGAAGUUUGAGUCAGAGCGAGUGCGGCACCAGUGGCUCUCAUCACUGGAAUCCAUUUGCAGGGCGUCCGAUGCAGCGGCUGAAGUGGUGUUUGAGGAAUUUAUCCAGUCUGUUGAUCGUAUCGAGAGCGUGACUGCGCCGUGCGACCAGUACACACGCAUGCUCUGCUCUUUGGCGCGUCUGGAGGGCGGCAACUCGUCCAUGUAUUGCCACAAGCUUGCCCAGGCUGUAGUGGCCAAAUUCCGUCGUGGUUUUGCGAGCAAGUUCCUGGCCUGCAAUGGGCGGUCGUGCGAAGUACUGAUUGGAUUCAUGGAGUUUCUGCGUGAGGUGCUGGUGGCACAUGCUAAUGUGCGAGCUGAAAUCGCCCGCGAUAUUGUGGAUGUCGUGUAUGAUGAGUGUUUGUUCACUUUGCCCUCUGAAGGCCGACGUCGCUGCCCGCUGUGCGUGUCGCUGGAGACGCGACGUCCUGCGUUCAAGCUGCUCGCUAGUGCAAUUUCUUCGGAUGCGAGCAUUCUGCACGACUUGCAUGGACGCCUGACCAGGCUGUUCACGCGAAGCAAUGCGUUGCGGUUCAAGUGGGGCCAAGAAAAUAACAUUGAAACACGUGGCAACGGCGAACAUGUCGGGCUGAAAAAUCAAGGCUGCUCCUGCUACAUGAAUUCUUUCUUGCAGCAGUUGUUCAUGCAUCCGACGCUGCGCCGGGGACUGCUAGGCGCCAAGGUAGCACCUCGCCCUACUCCACAAGAACCGACAAAGGCAGAAGCAGAAACCUUCCCGGAGCGCUUGAUGGGCUGUCGUGUGGCACUAGAAUGUCUCGGAGGGCGGGUAUACGAAGCCGAUGUGGUGGGAUACGAUGAUGCAUCUGGUCAGCACACGAUGCGGUACGAGAAUGGAGGCGAGGCAAGCUUCGUGCUAGCAGAGGGGCGACCGGGAAAUGAAAACGGUCGCUUCGUGAUCUUGCAAGCGGAGUUGACGGGCACUCACGCGACGUUGGAAGUUCUUCGUCAACUUCAGCGCACGUUUUGCUACUUGCGCGACAGUGAGAUGCGUUAUUUCAAUCCAAAGGCAUUUGUCGACUCAUGCACGUGUCUGAAUCUGGAGUUCUCGGUUUACCAGCAAAAUGAUGCAACCGAGUUUUGUGAUAAGCUGUUGGAUCGGUUAGAGACAGGUCUCAAGACCACGCCUCAAGGCACAAGGUGUCUCCAGGACGUUCUCGGCGGCAAGCUGAUAUCUCAGAAGCUUCCGAAAGACUGCGGACAUCGAUACGAACGUGAAGAGCCAUUCAUUCGGCUAGAGUUACAGAUCCGUGGAAAGGAAAGCAUUGAAGAAUCCCUUUCAGCUUUUGUUGAAGGGGAACUUAUGGAUGGCGACAACAAGGUGGAAUGUGAGCUGUGUGCUACAAAGAAGGCUGCGGUUCGACGCACGUGCUUCGGAUCGCUGCCCAACCUGCUCAUUCUUCACUUGAAACGUUUUGAUUUGGACUACACGACGUUUGAGACCGUCAAGUUGAACAAUCGCUGUUCGUUUCCUAUGCGUCUGAGCAUGAAACCAUACACGAAGGCAGGUCUGGAGGAGCAGGAGGCCCGCUGUGAUUUGCAGCAAGAAAGCGAAGAAACGUCGACCGACGAAGACAUGGCCUCCGAUGACUCGAGCGACUCGGACGAGUUUAUGACCAAUGUUAACGACGAUACGCCAGCAAUUCCAGCUUCAGUGUCACCUACGUCGACAACUAAGCUGGCUGCCUCGCCACUAGAUGUGACUGAUGAAAACAGCAUCAAGUCGGAUCCCGAUUACGAAUACCGGCUCAAGGGCAUUUUGGUGCACUCGGGUGUAGCCCAAGGCGGCCACUAUUACUCAUUUAUUUACGACCACAUGUCGGAAAAGUGGUUCAAGUACGAUGAUGAAGACGUGACGCCGUUCGACCCUGCUAACAUCGAGACUGAGUGUUUUGGUGGAGUACAGCGUCGCUCGUGGCACGGAUCAAACAACUCGAUGGAGAUGGAAGUGUUUAGUAACGCACUCAUGCUCUUCUAUGAGAAAGUUGUGCCUGUCGAACGUUUGACAGUAUCUGUUCCUGACGCCGAGACCGAAUCCGAGACCGCUACCGAUGUCGUUGCUCCUGACGAAGAGCGUUGCGAAUAUGAAGCCGAAGUUUGGAAGUCUAACGAGGUAUUUUUGCAGAACUCGUACCUUUUCGAUAUGGAAUUCCACGGGUUCCUACGGGAGAUGGUACAGUCGCAGUACAUGAAAGACGCCCAGGUUUCAGCCACGGAAGAGAACGCAGCAUUAGCUCCACCAUCAUCGCCGCAGUCAAGAGACGAUGGCGCUGCACCAGUAGCAUUAGCUGUCCAGACAGGACGAACUGAUGGCGACAUCCAAAUGACACUCACGGAAAUCGGAGUUGAGUUCGUUUUAGGCGUGUUAUUGCAUUCGCGUGAAAAGCACGGAAUCGCACGAUGGAUCACGGUGCUUGCAUCCAAGUUUACGCUGUCCAAGACGAUCUGUGUACGCUUCUUUUCCGCGCUAUCGACGUCGAAGCAGAUCCUAUGGCUGCGUGGAUUGCUUUUUGAGUGCCCUGAUUCGAUUGCACGUCAGUCAUUUGUUCACCUCGUAUCUCGAGCACUUACGGCGUACGAGGCUCAUAUGAAGAAAGAGCAAGCCGUAUUGGACGAAUCGAGUGCGGAAGAAGCGAUAGCUGCUGACAGGGCAAUUAUCCGCGCGUUUGUGGAGUCUAUCGCUUCGUUCUUGGAUCAGACGUCCAUUAUGCAGCAGUCCCACUUGGAGGAGUGUUUCAUGCUUUUGCGAAACUGCGCUGAAAUCAGCGCUACGACGCGUGCUCAGUUGCAAAACGUCGAGAUGGUUGCACGCUUGAUUAAUUUCUUCCUGUGCGAGCGGGGUCCCAGUGAACUAAAAGAUGCAUUUCCUUCUUCGACGUUGCGACCGACGGCUUCAAGGUAUGCUUCGCCAGACUACCAGUACCUGCUCGAAGCAGUUGUCGCAAUUUUGGGGGUACAAAGGCGCUCAACUGAACCCCUGCUCACUGAGAAUAGCACGCUCUAUCCACAUCGGACCGUUCUAUCCGAGAAAGCCGAACGCGCGCUGACGGAAGUAUUCGAAGACUUCCAGAAACCUGGAGGUGUGAAUGGCAGGCCAGGCAUGGGUCUUGAAGAGCUCAAGAAGUACUUCUCCGUGUUACUGAGCAGCGCUGUGAGUAGUCUAGCAGUUGAGCAACAGGCCCGGAACAUGCUAGCCAAGUACGGCACACCGAGCGAUGACGGAGCAAAGGAUGGACCUGGAGCAAGUGCUUUGCGCGUAGAGCUGGGAGGCUUUAUUCUGUACUACACAGACAUGGCCGGAUCAUCAGCAAAGUCCGUACUACAGGAUCUUCGAGCAUUUGGCUUUAGUGAGGAUCUCCAGCGUCACCCCACGUCUAGCAGCGAUUGUUUGACAGGAGCUCAAGUGCUUGAGGGAUUGAGUGCUUUGAGUCGCGGGGCAUUGCUCAAUGAUGUGUUUUUCGACUCGGCACUUGAGGAAGAGGCAGAGACAACAUCGGAGUUGCUGCUACGGUUGAGUUUGGGUGACCGCGAAACGUCCACGCGCCUGUUGCGUGCUCUCUUGCACUGCCUGCAGAGCACCGAGACAGGGUGGAAGGGGCAACCCGUGGUCGACGCUUGCGCACUUGCAGUGCAGCGUGUUCUGGGUUACGAGUGUGAGUAUCAAAGGGAACUUGUGGAGCUGGCACUAACGCACUGCGACUACGGCUUGCUCAGCUCUGCGCGUAGCCGAGAGAGCCUGCGCUCGCGGUAUGCGAAUACUACGCACGUUCCGCUUUUCGUGUACCGGCAGCUGGUGAUAUUGCUGGAGUUGCGUGCGCGAGUGUCUGCCGUGGGUACGUGGCUGGGCGAGCACCGUAGCGAGUGGGAAUGGCUUUACGAGUGGUUACGCAUCGAGUCGCUUCAGCCCAGCCUAGGUGGACGCUUGUCGUUACUAAGACGCGAGCCAGCGAAAGAGGAAAUGCUGUGGCGAUUGGGUGAGGCAUUAGGCAUACCAUAUCAGAAGGAGCAGCGGCGAUAUAUGGUGGAAGGCGCCGGGUAUGCCUCCGUCAAUGGUGUGUACGUUAGCUCUUCGAUCCACGACAACUGCUUGACGUACGCUUGUGUCAAGAGCGACAUCGAGUACACUCUUUUUCGAUGCUGCAUGCCCAGCAAAGCUCGUCGCUGGUACAUUUCCUACUCCCCGAACAAGAACCUGCUCGGAACAAUGUCAGAUGAAGAUUUUUACUUUGUACAGUCGAACAUUGACGACGAGUUUCCGCCAGUGGAUGGCUGGAAGGUGUGGGCCAAGAACGAGAAAGCCAAGCCUCCUGUGCCCACGGUUCGUCUCUAUAGCUCUACGGUCGCUGUGCUAGAUGGUGAGUGUGACGCCGUAGAUGCCUCCGACUCAUGCGACGGUUACACGGAUGGCGGUGGCUUUCCCGAGCACGAGGAGGGAUCACCUGCUUCGAUUGCGCCUUCGGCCGAUGUCGUAGAGACGGUGGGAGUAGACGCGGACGCAGAGACAGUGGAGUAUGAUGACAGCGAGGACGAGAUCCGCGAUAGCAACGAGCGUUUCCGAGCGGUGCAUUUGGACACACAGGAAAAUGGCAGCGGCACGGACGACUUCAUGUAA